AUGUCAAUCGUUGUCGGUAUCAUAACUCUCGGCACGAUUAAUUCAGGUGGAAUCAUUGAAGUCGGCCAUCAUAUUUUCUUUUCGUACAAACGCUUGGAGGAUCUCCCCAUUCUCGCGGCUGGGUCGGAUUUUGCCAAUUCUAUCAUGAAGACUUUCGCAGUCAAUGCCCCUUCGAUAAUACCAAUGGAAAUUAGCGCAACUGGUACCAUGGAGCUGAAGGAAACGUAUUUACUCCUGAACAGUUAUUGGGCAUUUUAA